AUGGAUGUUUAUACCCUUCCCAACGUUACCAACCCUCAUCCCCCCACUGCUCUUGCCCUCCAGAGGGUGAGUCCGGUACUCUCUUACCUCGCGGUCGCUUUUUCUUUGGCCAGUUUCCUCUGGUGGUGCAUACAAGACUAUCGCUUCUUCAAAUCCCUGGGAGUUGGCGGUCCCUCUCAUGACAUCUUUGGCUGGUUCAAAGUCCACAUUCUGGUCAGGCCGUUCACUCUCGCCGUUCGGGACACCACGUGGACUGGAGACUAUCCGGACCAUGGUGCUCACAAGGAGAUCAUGGCGCUGCCGGCUCGAAGAGGGGAACGGCCAGUCAUAUUGGGCAUCGCGCCUCAAAGGCAAUUUAGUCAGUGUCCCAAUCAAGAGUUGAACUCGCGUGUACUUGACAUGUUCUCGUCGUUUGUCCAACAAAAUCCCAACCUGCUGCAACAACGUGUUUCGGUGGUCGAGAAACACCACUAUGCACUCUUUGUGCAUCCGAGCAUACUUGCGGAGCCAGACAACCUACCACAAAUUGCAACCGUCGCCAACGGCGAAUUAGGGCAUAUUCAUGGAGACACUUCACUGCACCUUUACUUCUCACCAGCGGAUGCAAAAAUUCUCAUCCAACGGGGUUGGGCUCAACGGCAUCGAUGUGCUAGGACUCAACCGUGGUGGUUCGGUGGAUUGAAGAAUAUGUGGGGUAUUGGAGACACCUUCCUCAUAGUGUACGCUCCACGGGACCAGGCUGAGCUUGAUGUGUUGUGUGUCUUGAUUAAGGCCAGCAUCAUGUUCAUGACCGGCGAGCAAGAUGUCAUCAAACCGUAA